CCCCGAAAUCACAGGGUUUAGGGGACGCGUCAGGGUUUAAGGCGCAGCUUCUUUCUUAUUGGUAGUGGGUACGACUCAGAGUCACCGACUUCGCUCUUCUCUUCUUAACCGAAACACACUAGGUUUUAGCUCCUUGGCGGCUAGGGUUUUCAUAAAGUUUGCUUCUUUAUUCUUUGAUAUAUAAAGGGUUUUAAGCACUUCCUCAAUUCCAAUUUGGGUUUUGCUUUCUUUGAUCAUCAGGGUUUAUUGGUCUGAAGUUUUAGUUUCAAGUUUGGUUCUUUGUGACUUUUGCAGAAUUGGGUGUUGUUGAUUAGACCCUGCUUGUUGUUUUGGUCAUCAUCUGGUCAGUUCUUUCGAUUCUUCACUGCUUUAGUACUAUAAAUGUUUAUAUUGGGAUUUCGAGGCGUUUAAGGAUUGUGAAGAUUAAUUUGAUAUAUAUAUAUAUAUAUAUAUGUGUGUGUGUGUAUGUGUGUAAAUAUAUCAUUGAUGCUAGGUGGUUUAGAAGCCUAAGGUUUCAUCUUUAUUUGAUUUUGAUUACAGAGGCAAGGUUUAGAGUAAUGUCUAAUAUGAAUUAUUCUGAUCAAACAUCGUUUAUGCCGAUGCAAUCAUUAUAUUCUGGAGCUAGUGAUGCUGUUAAUUGCUGGCCUCCUUUUGCUAUGAACAAUGAAGAUCAACAUUCUCAGUUUGAGCAGCAUGCCCCGCCCUUUAAGAGACCUAGAAAUUCCGAAGAGCCCCAAUCGAAUCCAAUGCCUUAUCCCCCUUUGAACAACUCUAGGGUGCACCCGUCGAAUGCUCCGGUUAAUAGAGGAAUAAACAACAUUUUUUACAAGACUCGUCUGUGUGCAAAUUUUAAAAAUGGUUCGUGUAGGAAUGGUGAACACUGCAACUAUGCACAUGGCAUUGACGACAUUCGCCAGCCGCCUCCCAAUUGGCAAGAGCUUGUCAGUGUGCGCGAAGAGGAUAGGCCAUUAACGGGUAAUUGGGAGGAUGAUCAGAAGAUAAUUCAGAGGAUGAAGCUCUGCAAGAAGUUUAAUAAUGGGGAGGAGUGUCCUUAUGGAGAUAGGUGUAACUUUCUUCAUGAAGAACCGGCAAAGUUUAGGGAGGAUUCAGGUAGGUAUAGAGAGAAUACAGCAAUCAGCAUCGGGACGACAGGAGCACCGAGUAGCACUAGUUUGGAGGAUAAUAGACCGAACACUGGUGUGGAUGUCUUCCGAGGAAAUUUGAAGCCAUAUUGGAAGACUAAGAUCUGUAAUAAGUGGGAGCAAACAGGAAACUGUCCGUUCGGCGAAAAGUGUGACUUUGCUCAUGGACAAGCAGAAUUACAGUUGUCUGGUAUGCGGGUUGAAGCAGAAGUCAUGAUGAGUGCUCCGAUUGCAACAAAACCACAAGCUGUUCCCAUCAAUGAUUCAUCUACAGUUGUAAUGCCAGCAAUGCCUGCUGCUGUAAACGAAGAAGCGGAGGGUAAGAAGUGUGGACUUAAAUGGAGAAAUUUCAAGAAGAUCAACCAAAUCAAUCGCAUAUAUGGUGACUGGCUUGAUGAUGUCCCACUCCUGGAGAGCUGAGUUCAAUUUCAGCUCUUAUGCUGAAGCCAAUUUCCAGCUCUUAUGCUGAAGCCAAUUUCCAGCUGAUAUCUGAGCUUUGCUUCCAAGAUUGAAUAUUUAGCAGUCCAGGAUGAUUUGGUUUCUGUAUUUGGUCAUCAUUGGUUCUGGAUUAGAUCUAUAGGUUUUAUUUUUCUCAUCCUGAUUCUGGUUCCCAAUUGUGACAUAGUUUUGUUGCAAAACUAGCCAUUGUUUUACAACAUCAAAUAAGAGAGUUUCUUGGCUAU